CUUGACGCUGGCGCUGGUGUGGACCAGAGGAGAAAUUCAUUGAAGCAGACGCAGUGGAGGCUGGUGUUGUCCCGAAGAGACAAAUUGUGACCGUCGCUGUGAACUCAGCGGCUCCUUUCAUUCUCCUCUGUCUGUGGACGCGGAACAGUUGAAUCCGUCUGAUAGAAACUGGGAUCGGUGGAUCAGAGCGGGCAGAAUUACGCACAGUGCGCGGGCCUGCGCUGAAUGUCAUAACACAGGGAUAUUCUGCAAAGCACCGACACGGUCCUCGGCCACAACCAUGGAGAUUGUGACCCAUUUUAUCAAUGACACCAUAGAGUUCUACAAAUGGACCCUAACCAUAGCAGACAAGCGAGUGGAGAAAUGGCCUCUGAUGAACAACCCCCUGCCCACACUGGCCAUCAGCACCUCCUACUUGCUCUUUCUCUGGCUGGGGCCCAAAUACAUGAAGAACAGAGAACCCUUCCAGCUCCGCAAGACCCUCAUUGUCUACAACUUCAGCAUGGUCUUCCUCAACUUCUUCAUCUUUAAAGAGCUGUUUAUGGCGGCGCGGUCUGCAAGCUACAGUUACAUCUGUCAACCGGUGGAUUAUUCAGAGGACCCCAAUGAAGUCAGGGUGGCAGGAGCUCUGUGGUGGUAUUUCAUAUCCAAAGGCAUCGAGUACCUGGACACAGUGUUUUUCAUCCUGAGAAAAAAAUUCAACCAGGUUACCUUCCUGCACGUCUACCACCACUGCACCAUGUUCACUCUCUGGUGGAUCGGCAUCAAAUGGGUGGCAGGAGGACAGUCGUUCUUCGGUGCGCACAUGAACGCAGUGAUCCAUGUCUUGAUGUAUCUGUACUAUGGCCUGGCCUCCUGCGGACCUAAGAUCCAGAAGUACCUGUGGUGGAAGAAGUAUUUGACCAUCAUCCAGAUGGUCCAGUUCCACGUCACCAUCGGCCACACGGCCUUGUCCCUCUAUGUCAACUGCGACUUCCCCCACUGGAUGCACUACUCCCUCAUCUGCUACGCCAUCACCUUCAUCAUCCUCUUCGGCAACUUCUACUACCAGACCUAUCGCCGCCAGCUGCCCAGGCGCGACGCUUCCUCCUCCUCCUCCAAGGCAGGCAAGGCCCUCUCUAACGGGGCCCUCAACGGCCUCAGCAAGGCCGCCAACGGAGCGGUGGUGAUGGGAAGCAAAGAGGAAAAGCCCCAGGAGAACUCCGGGAGGAGGAAGAGGAAAGGAAGAGCUAAAAGGGAUUAGAGGAAGAGGUGCGAGAAGGGUUGAGGUGAGGUAGGGCCUUGCUUUGGGUUCUCGGUUGCUAGUGCUAAAACCAUGAAAGACUUCAUGUGAGGAAAAUGUAGAUGAAUGGAUGUGUUAAAGUGUGACGUGUUUAUUUUAAGCCAUGAUGCGAGUGUUGUAGAUACAAUCUGGAGACAGGCCUGUGUUGAGAGAGGAUCAUUGUGUUCGUGAGAGGUGUCAAAGGUCGUGCUUAUAGCUGACCGUUAUCACAAAUAACCCAAAAUACAGUAGUGUUUGUGUGGUGCGGGACAGAAGUUAAUAUUCCUUCUCUUUACUGCGGCGGCAGCUUCUGGAGAUCAGGCUCGAAAAAGAACGACUUUCAGCUGUAACCUGACAAGGAAACAUCAAACGCAGCGUUAAAAAAUGUACCAUCGCUACGAGUGAUCCCUGCUGUACUGAGACAGGAAUACACAUCAUAACACAUGCACAACCUUGUCAUCCUUAUAUUUGAGCUUAUUAUUUCCUUUGUUCUUCCCCUUUGCUGAUAUAAAAUCUGAUGAUGAUGUACAGUAACAUGUCAUGUCCUCAUCUUCUCCAAGAUAUUAUUGGUGUUACAUGAGAGAGACCUGCGUUUACAGAACAUGACACCUCCGCUGUUAUCCGCGUAUUUGUGAAGACAGAGACGUCAUUUUUGUUACUUAUUUCAUAUCAUGGACUCUCACUUCAGCUACAUUUUAAAGAAGGAAAAUAAAUAAAUAUCCAGAGGUAAGAUGUACAUGGAAAAAGAAAAAACAUAGAUUUCUAACCCUCCCUUUGAGACCGGGGCUGAGAUUGUUUCAUCACCAUUCAGAGAUGAAAUAAUCAUCAACUGCAGCUCACCGAAGGUUAAAAUUUAUAUUUUCUAUUUCUGUAUACAACCAUUACAUGUUUUUAUAUAUCCCUACUUGUAUGUAAUGUAAUGAAAUAUAAUGAAUAUUAUCCGGAGAAAUAAUGAAUCUUGGUGAUUAUCUCAGUGUUUUGAAAGAGAAGCCGGUGGAGUUUUUGUCUUUGCAGAUAUUUACUUGUCUUUUUAUAUCCUCUCUGACGUCGUCGUUUGUCCUACACGCUGGUGAAAGUGAAAGAAGCUGUGGCGGUCUGGGGAACGAGCUCACAGCCUCGUUCCACCCUGAGUUGACUAUAGGCUGAUUUUCCUCCAAUAUUCAAUCAAAUAUUUACGUCUGUCUACGUCUUCAGGCUCGAUCCCUAUCCUGAGCUGGCUUGAAUGUAAAUUAUUCAGGGGAAAACAAAUUUGGAUUUAAAAAGAUGAAAGUUGUGGUUUAUUUACAAAAAGACUGUGUAUGUUCUGCCACUAUGAAGAAUAACUUUGCUCUGUCUGUAGUGUAUAGAGAUAAAUCAGUGGUCGGCUCUAUAUCUGCAAAUCCAGCUCUAUGUCAUCAUCCAUCAACCAAUGCAUUGUGAUGUUAUUUAUCGGUUUGUUCUAUUUAUUUUCAUGUAAAUACCAAACUCCAUCUAGCUGAGAGUGCUCGUCUGUGUAUUUGUGUUCUUUUUGUGUUGUACAUAUGACAUUGUGAUAUUUUGUACUCUGUGCAUUUGGGAAUCUGCCCAGCUUCUUAGCUUGGACAUUUCUAUGCCCACAUUGCUUCUGUGUGUGUGUGUUUUUUUUUAAGUAUCAUAACUUUGAACUCUCUUCAAAUUAAAUUAAACUGAAUGCCUGUACAAAUGUUGGCUUCCCCUUCACUUCAUUUAAAUGACUACUUCAUUAUGUAGUAAAUGUCAUGGGUCCUUAAUAAGGAUAUAAAUGUAUGUUCUCUAUGGAUAUGUUUUUACAUUUAUUAAUUACAUUAUUGGAAUCCACAGCAAAAAGGUUCCUGGUUUGAAUCCCAGUUCAGCGAGGGUCUUGCUGUGUAGAGUUGGCAUGUUCUUCCCAUGUUUGCGUGAGAUUUCUCUGGGUAUUCUGAUUUACUUGUACAUACCAAAAACAUGCAGAUUGGGGUUGAGUUCAUUGGAGACUCUAAAUUGUGUGAAUGUGAGAGUGAAUGGUGUAUGUUACCUGUUCAGGGUAAACCCCGCCUCUCGCUCAUUGUCAUCUGGGAUUGGCUCCAGCUCCCUGUGACCCUCAAAGGAUAAGCUGUAUAGAGGAUGGGUGGAUGGACGGUAACAGAAUUGUAGAGUAUGUUUCUGACACUAGAGGGCAACAAGGUCUCAUUUAUGUAAUGAGCAUUACAGUUAUACAAUUAUAUUCACUAUGUUCCAAAGCUUUGGGAAACAUCCAGGUUUUAUAACAUAAAAUGAUAAUUAUAUAAUCCAUAGUUUUGUCUUAUGUAUGUCUGUGAAUUAUAAAAGUCAAUUCCUGGUUUAAAAUUAUUUAAAGUACUCAAAUUCUGUGCUUAAGAAAAACUAAAGUAUAAUAACUAUUACAAUUAACAAUGAAUUAACGAUGACAACUACAAUUUAGUAUUAAUCACGAGUUUAUUGUAAUUUACUACAUUUUUACAUUGUGGUUAUGCCACUUAACAUUUUUUUAAGUAACAGAUCUGGUUGUGAAUUAUUUCUGCAGUGGGGGGGAGUCAUGUCUGCCAUGUUUUGUGUAACUGUUGUCUGAUAAAAAUGAAGAAAAAACUGCCAAACGCAAAUCUGUGGCAACUUGUGUGGUAGACACAAAAUAAAAGAACUCAAAUUUGAA